GCACGCGCAAGAGAGCUGUAAUAAACAGUAUUAUUUACUUGUAUGGAGAAGCGCUGAGUGGCGUUUGCUCCGGUACGAGCCAGAGAUCUCUUGUUUCUAACUGAUUCUAACACAUCCAUGGAUUUAAAAGAAUCGGGAAGCGUCGUUUUAACCGCCUACCAUUCAUUCACUGCCUCAAGGAUACAUUUGGUCGAUGAGCGCUAUGAGCCAUAUGAGUCUCCUGCUAGCAGGAAAGCACAGAAUCUGGGAAUUGCGAGGAUGACUUCGGCAGGAGCGAUGCCUCCAUCUCCUCCUGAUCGCUCCAUAUCCCAAGACUCCCAGGAUUCCAUGCAGGAUUACUGGAGUGAGAUGAGGAACAUUGAGGAGAACUACCAGGGAGGACAGGAGGAGAUGAUGGAGAAGGGCAGCAUUGAUGAAGCGGAACUGGAGGAAGCAUGGCUUCACGAAGCUGGUCUCUCCCCACUCGUGUCCGGAGCGAUCGUUGACAGUCCUGCCGAGGCUCUCCUUUCAACACUCACUCGCUCACAAGCCGCCAUGGUGAAAAAACGCCUAGACAACUACACACAAACCCUACGCAAAAGAAACAAGCAGGCCAUACGCCAUGUCCGGGAUGUCUUCUCCACGAAUGACACAUCGACAGUUGAACCAACUCCUACAGUGUCCCCAAAUGGGACAAUUACACCGAUACUGCCACACUGGAUACCUCCCAAAGGUAACCAGUCAUGCCCAGUGUUCUCCCCUGUGGAGAGCAGCAUGUCAGAGUGUCAGCUGGAGCCGAAUAUCUUGUCAUUUGAAGUACCGUACUCCGAGGGAGUGACGGCUCAUCGGAAAGGCCGCGACCGCCUUGACUGCCAAAGGAUCUGGAAAGGAGACAAGGAUUUACCAACAUUCCAGAUUGUGAAGCCUAAGCAAGGGCUGACCAGAGUGCAAGACUUGUCCUCAGAAGACAUCAAGAAGAUCGGCUAUAUCUGUCUGAUAGAGCUAACCACAUUUUACGAUGCCCUGGGCAUUGAGCUGAAGAGGAAUCGUGAAGUUCGUAGAAAGGUGCGGGAAACUGGCAUAUUUGGAGUUCCCCUGACUACAUUGCUGGAAAAUGACCAAAAGAAAUUUCCUGGCUCUAAAGUUCCCCUUGUUUUCAAAAAGCUGUUGUCGAAGUUGGAGCAGACAGGGUUACAGACGGAAGGAAUUCUCAGGGUACCUGGCUCCGCCUCUAGAGUAAAGCACUUGCGUCAAGAGCUGGAGGUGAAGUUUUAUGACGACAGUUUUGAUUGGGAGCAGGUGAGACAAAACGAUGCAGCUGGUCUGCUGAAGAUGUUCAUCAGAGAGCUGCCGUACCCCCUGCUCACACUGCAGCACCUGCCUGCCUUCACCGCCGCACAAAAUAUCGCACCACACAAACACCAACUGCAGGCUCUGCACCUCCUCAUCCUGCUUCUGCCCGAAGCUAACAGAGACACGCUGAAGGCUCUGCUGGAGUUUCUAAGGAAGGUCGUGGCAUAUGAGGAGAAGAACCGCAUGAGUCUUUGGAACGUCUCCAUGAUUGUGGCCCCGAAUCUAUUCACGGUCAGGGGAAAGAAGGCCAAGCAGGAGGAGAUGCAGGGAGCAGCAGGUGCAGCUCACCUGGUCCGCCUUCUCAUCGUCCACCAAGAUCUCCUGUGGACGGUGCCUUGUUUCCUCAUCUCGCACGUGCGAAAAAUGAACGAAGCUUCCGUGAGUAAGAAGACUCCCAGCUCAGAGAAGACUAAAAGGAAACUGCUAAGGAGACGCAACACCGACCGUGACAAAGAAAGGAGUGAGCUCACUGACCUUCGUGAAGGGGUCAUCAGGGUGCAGGCACCACUACAUGCCAAGAUCUCCAUGGCGAUUCAGCUAGACAGUAAGACGAAGGCUCGGGAUGUGAUGUCACGAUUCGAUUUCGAGAACGGCCAAACGUCUCGAAACAGCAGCAGAAAACAGAAGCAUUAUUUGUUUGAGGUUGGAGGGAAUAUAGGGGAGCGCUGUCUUGAUCCGGACGCUCACUUGCUAGAGGUGUAUCGUGUGAAUCCUCACUGUGAAUGGGUCCUGAAGUCCAGAACAACCUGAGCAUAUUUAUGCUGCAGCCACAGAUCAAAAAAAGACACUACAGCUGGACUCCUUUGUGCUCAUUUCAGGAUAUGGGUCAUGAAAACAGGAGAUUGGAGAAGCUGCCCCUCUUUCUAAAAUCACUUAAAAACAAGUUUUCAACAAUGGAGCUGAGACAACCUCACUUGCCCCUUUUCAGAUAUUUAGAAGGAUUUUGAUUUAUCCGUCAAGCCUUUGGGUGGAAAGCUGGAUUUGAGACAGGCGCUCUCCAGAAAGAGGGCUUUACUUGUUUGUUUGGGGUUUUUUUCUCUGCGGCUUGCGUCACACAGGAUGAACAAUGCAAUGCUGGCCAUUGAGAUUGUUCGAUGCCAGAAACUUGUUGAUAUAAGGCCACUGUUGAAGCAUGUUUUUUCCAAUGCCUACACGGCCACAUGUGUUAAAAAAAAGCAUGUACAUAUAAUAUUUAUACCACUAAUUUAUCCAUUUAUCUUGAGAUUUUACCAUGUAAACCAUAGUUGGUUUUGUAUUACACUGACUGCAUGCUUGCGAUUAAGCCAUUUGAACUUUCUAAACGUUAUGAAUAGGUACAGUUAUGCAUAAUGAUCACACAGUAAGCAUUAUUUUACCAAGUGAACUUUUAAAUGCCAAUUCACAACGCGCUUGAUAUGGAUUCAGUAGCUGUGCUGCAUGAAACCCAACAGGCUCUAGUGACUGCAGGAUUCCUGUUUUAAGCACUACAUUAUGAAAACGUGUUGCACGGUAACCCACGGACUGUGAAUCUUUACGAUGCAAAUGAGGAUCUCGACUGUCCCGCAACUAGGCUGAAGUAGAGAGUAAUAAAUAUAUGGUCAAACAGGCUCGCUGUAGAGCGUUGGGUUUCUGUGCCGGAGCAGAGGAUUGCCUGAAAGAGCUGAUAAGGACAGGUUUUACAUUGCACCCUGGGCCAGGUUUCCAGUUAAACCUAAUCCCAAACGAGUUCGGCCCAAAGUGCUGCUCACACUGUAACCAGUAGUCCAGCCGUACAUCUCGCCUCGCCUCGCCUCUGCUCCUUGCCAACACUAUGAUCACUGUUUCUCCUAACACUAAGUAUUGUAAAAGAUGAACUCAUUAUUAUAAACUCUACUAAUUGGUUCUUUUUUGUACAAGGACUUUUUUUUUUUUUUUUUUUUUGUAAACCGUAAUGUACUCGACUGUGUUAUAUUUUUGGUUUUUGUAUUAUAACAUGAUUCGACACUGCCAACUCUGAGUUGUGUUUUUGAUUUUUAUUGUAUUUUUAUCAUGUACUGACUCAGUAUCUCUCCACAACCCAGUAUUAACCAUUUCACCUGUACUGAUAAAAGAAGAAAAACCCACUCAUAUAAGAAGUCUUGACUUUCCAUAUAUAAUGUACUUUAGAAGCUACGAUUUUGCAGCCUAACAAUACGGAACACGGAUAACGACACCUUCGACGUCUUAUAAAAAGCAUUUAUAAAAAGCUUUUUUAUAAGAAACAAAUACAUUCCUAAAUGUUUUGUGCUGUUAAUACAUGACCAGACCGAACCCAGGCACCGUGUACUAAAGCCUGAAAGUAAAAUGUUUACUUCUUAAUAUACAAAUCAUAAAUUCUUCCAUCUAAAUAAGUAGUUCUUACACUUGCAUCUCUUUAGCAACCUUAAGUCAAAUAACAGCACAUCCUGAAGUGUUUUAUUCCUCUUAAAUCACAGCAACUUGCCAAUUAAACAUUUUUUAUUAACAAAAGGAAA